CCCUCCCUAACGUUUCGGCUCACCAAAACCAGACUUUUUAUCAAUGGAGUUGCUUUGACCCAAAGCUCUGCAACAUGGCAUUUUCUCUGUAAUUCUCAAAUUCUUCUGCAAAUUUUCAUAGUCGACUCACUAACCAGAAAAAAAACGCUUUGUUUUCUCCACAAACUCUUUAACCAGAAAAAAGUUUUCAAAACCUCUCAUUCCAGACGGUCAAUAACCUUUGCGUGGUUUCUAGUUUUCUUCACUUCAGGAUUUUUUCGCAAACUCAGAAACCUCUCAUUCCAUUUUCGGCAAUCGCUUGAAAAGUUAAUUCCAUUCGAAUCCUCUGUCUCUGUCUUUGAAUCUUUUCAGCGACGCAAGAGUCGAAGACGUAGUUCCUCUUUCCGUUUGUUUGUUCCUUUUGCGCUUUCUGUGGACCUUGUUUCGGGCUUUUGGGAACCCUAGUGCCACUCUUUUUCGUCUGACUUUUGCGCAUUUAUACUUAUUUUCCUUCAUAAUCGUCACUUUUUUGACGGCUGGUUUCCCGAAAUACCAUUGCUUUUGUCUACCUUGUUUUCACAUCUUAAACUCAUGUAGGGUUUUGAUGACAUGAAUUCUGUGAAACGUGUACUAAAUACUUCGGUUUUUCCCUAAAUGGGUUUGAACAUUAAUGAGAGCGUUUUUAGGGUUUUAUUGUCAACUGAGUUAGCACAAAGUCUCAAAAUCGUAUAUCGCUUGAAUUGGAGAUUUGCAGCUGGUAUGAUAUAAAGGAAGUCCUCGAGUUUAUUUGGGUUUCGUUCCAUUCACCAUGCCUGAGAACGGUCACAGUUUCGUGGCGUGGGAAGAACACAUUCUAUGCCAUGAGCGUGGCAAUCGUGUUGUUCAUUAUUACAUGAAGGCGGCAUCCGGGGAUUUGAUUCUCGCUGUUAUAGGGACUGAGAGGAGUAUUAGGCACAUGAUGUAUGUUGUCGCGGACGAGUUUGUGCAGGCUUAUGGGUCCAAAGGGUCCAUCAAUGCCUGCACCAAGUGGCGGGCUAGAAGAGAAGUUGUAGAGUGGCUCACAUCAUUGGUCUCGAGGCAGCUUCCAGCAGAGUUCACAAAUUCACCUACCAAUGACUCAACACUGGCCUCAUUGGCUCGUAGAUCUAUCUUGCCUGAUCAGAUGGUUUUGAGAAAAUUGAAAGUUCAAUAUUCAGAAAUUAAAUGGUCAGGUAAUGCUUGGAUAUGUGCCAAACAGCUCAAGCACUACCCAGCUUUUUACAGGAAUGGAAAUACAGUAGCAGUCCAUUCCUUUGUAUUUAUAAUGGCUUUAGACAACCCUCACUACCUUGGUUACUUGGAAGAUAUGUAUGAAGAUAGGAAAGGGCAGAAAAAGGUAAAGGUACGCUGGUUUCAUCAUUAUCAGGAAGUCAUGGAUUUGAUUCCCCACCUAAAUCCACAUCCUAGAGAAGUUUUCAUCACACCUCAUGUCCAAGUGAUCAAUGCAGAGUGUGUUGAUGGUCCUGCAACUGUUUUGACACCUAAGCACUAUGAGAAGUGUGUAACUAUUGUCGCAGAGGAUUCAUUUUCUGGACUUCGAAUGUGCUUUAGACAGUUAAAAAACCAAAUGCUUAGACCCUUUGCCCUUGCUAAAUUACACGGGUACUCUAAUCAAGCAAUUCUUUCCUCCCUAAAUAUCAAUACUGUCCCCAAGAAGAAAAUGAAGUGCUCUAAGUUGUGUGGGGGAGAUCAUGAUGAAUUUGUCCAUGAUGAUCAUGUAAGGGUUGGUUCUAAGAGGUGUAGAAAUUACAAACAAGAGCAAGGACUGGAAAAUGGUACUCUUGGUUUUAAAAGUUCUGGUCCUAGGAAUCAGACAACAAACUGUGAACCAAUAUACCCGAAGUUGAAAUUUAUGUUGAGGAAACCAAUCGGCCCUAAAACUGUUGGAUUUGAGCUUCAGCUUCGUACAUCUUUUUCAGUUGAUGAGAGAAUAGAGGUGCUCUGUCAAGAUAGUGGCUUACGAGGCUGCUGGUUCCAGUGUAAGAUCUUGCAGAUAUCUCAGAAACUUCUGAAAGUUCAAUAUGAAGACGUGAAGGAUGUAGAUGGCUUGGGAAAAUUAGAGGAGUGGAUACCUGCAUAUAGAGUGGCUUCUCCUGAUAAACUGGGCAUGAGAUGCUCAGGGCGCUUGACAAUUCGGCCAUGCCCUCCCAAGAAUUCAACAGACGUUCUGUUUGAAGUUGGAACACCAGUAGAUGCAUGUUGGAGUGAUGGUUGGUGGGAGGGUGUUGUUACUGGAGUUGAAAUUUUUGGACCUGAUACCAUGCAAGUUUUUCUUCCUGGUGAAGGGAGGUUUUUGACUAUCCAGAAAAAGAAGAUCCGGGCUUCCAAAGAUUGGGAUGGGAGCAGUUGGGUUAUUAUAAAGGCAAGGCCUGACAUACUCUUGUGUAUACCUGAAAAUAUCAGUCCCAGUAUUACAAAGGUCUCAAAGGUUACAGCGGAGCUACUUGGGUCUGAACUUGAUUGCACUCCUAAGCAUGAAGCUUUUGAUGGUCCAGAUGGAAAAGGAUUACAUGACUUAACCGAGUCUGUUGAGAUUCAAAAAAGUUUAGCCUAUUCCAAUUCAAUAAGUUGUCCAUCGGGAAUUGAUAAGGUUGAGACUAACAAUUUUAGUGCUAACAACAAUGCUGAUUUUGGGAAUGAAUCAGGCUUGGAGAAAGAUCUUUGUCAUCCUAAGUAUGAGAAGAGUGAAGCAGCCGUAGCAGAAACUAUGUAAAUGGUAUUCCAUGUUGGUGCUGGCUGAAGAUCUCCAAAUAUUGACUCUGAAAGGUAGGGUUCAUUGUUUUUGUAGAUAGACUGAAAUGUGGGAGCAAGGAAAAAUGCAAGAUAAUGCUCAAAUUUUUCUAACAUUAAGAGAAUUGGGUGGUGUACAGGAAUAUAUAUGUGGUAUAUUCAAGUGUUUCGGGAUAAAAAGAAAGGUGUAGUCAUAGUUAAUGUCAGGCUGGACUGUAAUAGUAUUAGCUCAUUGCUAUUUGAGUAGAGUGAGAAUAUGUUUAUAGUAUUUUCUUUCCCGACUAGUAGUUCUAUUCUUAGACGGCUUUUUUGAGUUUAAUUGUAAAGCUUAGGAGUUUUGUUUGGGAGAAUAAAACUAAAGUGUUUCAUAUGUUA